GGUUGCAGGAAUUUGUGUUUUCCGCGAUGGUUGUGGACCACUGCGCAGUGCGCUCUCAAAAGCAUGCUCAAAAGCGCUAGUAACAUCAACAGCACAUAAUAUUCACGAAGUAUAUAUACAGAGCUAGUUGAAGAAGAGAGUGAGUUGAUGAGGGUGUAUAGAGGAGGACUUUCUGGGCUCAUGGCCCGGUCCAGGGCUGGCCACCGAAUCGUAUAAUGAAGUAUUACAGUUGAAGCCGAUGCGGCUUUUUGAGUUCGUACACCUCCUAAGUAAAUACGUUCAUUGAAAAAAAAAAAAAAAUAGUCUAAUUUUUUCAGGGAGCCCUUAUCUGAAAAAUGGGGAGUGGCUUGUAUGUCACAAAUUAUUGGUGUGAAAAUUCACCAGAAGAUAGAUUGUGAUCUGUAAAUAUUUUGCUGUAUUCUCAAACUUACUCAAUAGACGUAAUUAAAACAGGUGAUAUGAACUUCUUUAUUAACGAUUUUUCGGUGGUUUUAUAUCCAAUCUUUCGUAAUUUGAUAGUGCGCAUGUAUGGACCAGGCACGUACUUAGAAAUUAAUUCGACGACUCGUGUGCGAUAUGAUGAUCCCUCUUCUCUGUCUUUAAAUUUUGAGAAAGACUCGCACAACCACACGGAUGAAUUGAAGUAUUGUGCUACUUGUAUUUCGUAAUAUUUCUCAUUGUACUAAUGUUCAUGGCUCAACAUUUUGAGUACGUACGGGAUAAAAAUCUUAAUUGUGUCAUAUACCAUGGAAACGUUGACAUUGGAUUCUCACAG